AUGUCCGUACCUCCAGAAGCAGCUAACGACGCAUUGAAAGUCACACUGGCCGUCGUGCAAUCGCUCAUGAAGCGAUGCAUCAAGGUGAAGGAGGGCGAUCCCGAGGCCUUGAAGCUAUCGGAUGAGAUAGCCAGGCGCGUGGCAAGAGACUUGAAACUUUACGCGGGAACAGCAACAUCAUUCUCUCCUCUGCUACUCUCCUGUGCCGCCAUUAUCUGGCAGUACUCAAGGGGCGGCGCCUUUCAGAGUGUCCCAGACUGGACCUCUGUUACUGACGAUGACCCACGAAUCAAGGACCACCCGCGAUUCCAGAAGACCGUCCACUAUCACCCACCCUCUGCGCUUGAUGUCCCCGUCAUUGCAACAUCAAGCAUUCCCACAACCAUUCCCGCAACCACUUCAGCUCUCAUUGUCCCGCCAUUCCCACCCUCAGCUCUCCCUUCCCUGCCAUCCCGCACAGACCUGGAUCUCGUCGCCAAGCCGGUGGCGGAACCGAGACGAUCAUCGCGCAUACGAGCACGCAAGAAUCCAUCCCGCACGGACCUGGAUAUGGUCGCCAGGCCGGUAGCGGAACGAAAACGAUCUUCCCGCCCACGAGUGCUCAAGAACCUGCCACCUCUCAGUCGUCCGGCACAUCCACCCUUGAGAUACCGCCACCUGUACGUGGCCGAAGCUGAGAGGGAACAAUGGAAGGCACUUUUCGAGGCCGGCGAUAGCAAGAAGAGAAAGGCAGAUGAUGAAGAUACCGAUGGGGCCGAUGUAAUUGAAGCCAAGUUGGCUUCCACGUCCCAAGAGCCGAUGAAGAAGAAGAGGAAGUUGAACCAGAAUGUCGACAAUAGGCCAACAGGAAUCAUCAAUGUGAAGCCAAAGACAUUACUGACCGUCACCACUGACAAGGUUGUUCCGCCAGGCGAUGAAAAGGCUUUCUGGGACGCAGACACUCGGCCUGCAGAAUGGGGCUCAGAUGCUCACAUCGCCACUCCGUGCCAGCAUUCCGUUCAUUACCAUCCUCGGCAGUGCGACAAGUGCACAAAAUUGGACAUACCCUGCAUUGUCCUUCCGGACAAAAAGUUCGGCUACAUUCGACUCGCAUGCGCAAAUUGCGACCAGAUGAAGAUUACGUGUGCGAUCGACGGCGUCGGUGUCAGGCAGAGAAUGCAAGCGAAGGCCGCCACGGCUAUAGUUGAAGAGGAGAAGCAACAGCCUGGUCCGCCGGCUGGUGUGCCCAUGUGCAAACUCCCAACCGUUGGUACAAGCCCUCGGCCGGAACAGGAUGAUCAGCCCGCGCCAGCCAACAUCGCCGAUCCCGAGCCAACUGCAAGGGACAUCCUACAGGGAAUCCGGGACCUCAGCAAGAGACUGGAUCUCUUUGCCACCAAUGACCGUGUGGAUGCCUUGGAGAUAAGAGUGCGUUCGGUGGAAAAUAUCCUCCACCAGUGGUUGAACGCACUGGAGCAACGCCUCAAUGCCUCCGAUGCCCGGUAG